AUGGCUGCCCACCUCGCGAUCGAAGUCGCCAAGUUGAUCGACCCUCGCGACAUUGCAGCUCAGAUCGACCACGCCCUGCGCGAAUGCUAUCUCCAGAGUCGACCAGUCUACUUGACAUUGCCGACGGACAUGGUGAGACGGAAGAUUGAGGGCGCAAGGCUAAGGACGAAGCUGGACCUGAGUCCCCACAAGAAUGAUCCGGAGAAAGAAGACUAUGUGGUCGAUGUGGUGUUGGGAUACCUGAGCAAGGCGAAGAAUGCCGUCAUCCUGGUCGACAGUUGCGCCGUCCGUCACCGCGUCCUCGACGAGACCCACGAGCUGAUUGAGAAAUCUGGGUUACCUGUUUUUGUGGCCCCUAUGGGUAAGGGCGCCGUGGAUGAAACCCUGCCCAACUUUGGGGGCAUCUAUGCGGGAGCCGCGUCGAAUCCAGGCGUGCAAGAUCGCGUCGAGUCUGCCGACCUGCUCUUGACCAUUGGUAGUGUCAAGUCCGAUUUCAACACCGCCGGCUUCUCGUACCGAACCUCCCAAAUGAAGACCAUCGACUUCCACAGCACCUACACUCGGGUGCGCUAUUCGGAAUACCCUGGUGUCGGCAUGAAGGGCGUCCUGCGCAAACUCAUCGACAGGCUACCGAAACUGAACAUCCAACCCGGUCCGACUCCUCCCCUGAAUAAGAUGCCCGAAGACGCGGGCGCCGCCACGUCUGCUAUCACUCAUAGCUGGUUUUGGCCUCGCCUCGGUCAUUGGCUCCGGGAUGGCGACGUUGUGCUCACUGAGACCGGGACGUCCAACUACGGCAUCUUCGACACUCGAUUCCCCAAGAAUGUCACGAACAUCAGCCAGAUCCUGUGGGGCAGCAUUGGGUAUGCCACCGGGUCCUGCCAAGGUGUUGCACUCGCUCUCAAAGAGUUAGGUGGAAACCGCCGGACUAUCCUGUUCACUGGCGACGGCAGUUUCCAGCUCACCUGCCAGGAAGUGAGCACCAUGAUUCGACACAAUCUCAAUCCCAUCAUCUUCAUCAUCUGCAACAACGGCUACACCAUCGAACGGUUCAUCCACGGUAUGGAAGCAACUUACAACGACAUACAGAACUGGAAUUACAAAGACUUACUCCCAGCAUUUGGGGCAAAAGAGGGCAACUACAAAACGUACCAGGUCAGGACGAAGGACGACGUGCAGGCAUUGCUUCAAGACGAGAACUUCUCCAGAGCUCCCUAUCUGCAGCUGGUCGAAUUGUACAUGCCGUGGAACGAUUCUCCAGCAGGACUUUGUGUGACUGCUGAAGCGAGUGCGCGCAACAAUGCAAGGAUGCUAGAAACAUCAUAG